CAACAUGUGGCUCAGGGGCUCAGUGUCAACUCUCAGCUCGUCUCCAGCAUGAAGCUUUAUCCUCAGUCAGUCUGUCAGCUCGCCAUCCUGAGCCUCUGCUAUGUACUGAUCACAGUGAGAGAGUCAGACAGCACGUUUGUCCCGGGAAGAUGUUUGUGUCCGGAGAUGCAACCAGGCGUAAGGGGACAACUGAAAGAGCUCACAGUUUACCCCAAAAGCCCCAGCUGUAACAAAGUCACAGUAAUAGUGACACUGAAGAGUAACAAUAACCCCGUGUGUCUAAAUCCAGAGGCACCGAUGGGAAAACAGCUGGUUCGCUGCUGGAAUAGGAGUGAGAAGUUGGGUCGUGAUGUGAGGCUGUGCCUGAAGAGGAGGAGGAGGGGGAAAGGAGGUCAGCGCCAGCAGUCUCGACAGAGGAGCCGAGGUCAGAACAGGAAAGCCUCAUCCUCUAACUCCCAAUAGUGGAGCAGCCUAACACUUUAUACAAAGUUACUGCGCGGAGAGACGCGGAUACAUGCUGACUCUUGCCCCACUAUGGACUCCAGGCCACCAAAGGCAUUAAAAAAAAUCACAUAGCUACUUUUCUUACUAGAAACGUCACACAGCUCAGACAUCAAACUCCCCUAAAGUGUUGUCUGAGCUGUAAAGCAAACUGUCUUUGUAGGCCAGCAUCGGGGGCUUUAUUUUUUUUGUCCAAAUGACUAGUGUAAUGUUGAAAACUGAGCCCUGGAGGCUUGUCAUAAAUGUUAACAGUUUAAGCUUUAAAUCACUGUUAAAUUUCUUACGCAUUGUUUGUGUGUAGUUCUGUGUAUGCAGCUGGUUAUUUAUUUUUUAUAUGAGCAUUGUGUUUUUGAAAUAAAUAUAUCAGAACAACA